GCGCACCGCAGCUCUUGGAAAGUACUAUUGAAUUUAGAGUUCUUUCAGAUUAAGUAGUGGUCGGAGCUCAACCUCAGCCUUUCGCUACUUCUACAGCAAAACCAGUAACUGAGUCGACUAUAGUAGCAUUUGAUGCGUCAUCUUCCCUCACUCUUGACGAUACAGUAGUUGUGGCAUCUCCCUUUCUGAGUCUGAUUCCGAUGCUAUCCAGUUGAUGGGGAAUUGACGGCCCUUUCAUUGACAGUAGUUCAUUCGAAGGGGGAAUGCUUGUAGUUAGAAGAAGAGCUGAUGCAACUCUCUUAGAGACUGACCUAGGAACCUCAUUGACUGAUGUCAAGGUGUUGGAAGAACUAGAGCGUUAUGAUGCUAUUGAAUUCACUUCCGACCGCCUUCAACUAGUAGAGAAAGUCUUUCGUUUAGAGCCGAUACCGCUCAACCCUCCUUUUCACCUUCCCUUCAGCAGCACACCACUGCCCCCUUUAAAGGCUCAGUCGAGUGACUUCGUUCCCCCCGUUCAAGCAUGCGAUUUGUUUGCUAGGUUAGACGGUAAAGUGUGGUGGAAGGAAGGGUCUAGGGAGUUCCAGAUGUGCAGCACACCCCUAGCGAAGCAAGCCCUCGUCCUAUCACCGUUCUUGGGGGCCCAAGACGGGAGAAGGUAGUCGCCUGUAAGGAGAACGAAUUUGUCCAAUCCACCGAAUACUGUCCUUUCCUUCUUUUACCAAUUUCUCGUCGAGUUGCUGAUACGUUUGUUGAACAGCAACAGCCUACAUAGCCCGUCUCCCUCUUUUCAAGGAAGAAAGCAUCAGACAAAUA